UUAAAAUGUCAUUUUCCAGUUAAAAGAUACAGGGGAUGUUGGUGUGCAUGUAUUUUGAUUCGAAAUAUCAUUUUAACAAACAUUAAAUUAUGCUACAAAAUGGGAUAAGAUCCCAGCUGCCGCAAUCCGGUAGGUGGACGAGAGGCUCACGCUCUCUGAUACAGAGUAACAGCGGGAAAGCUGCAACACUACUGCCGCGAAACAGCUCAAAUCACCCUGCGGAAAGCCGGUUAACAGGUUCUUCCCAUGAACACGGCUGCCGCACGUGAGGAGCUUAUUAGAACGGUGAAGAAAUGCAGCAAGAGCGCUGCUCUUCCUCCGACAGGCCUCUGGAUCCCGGCUGUCUGCAGGCACGCGACGCCGAGCGGAGCGCGGACCGGCCCGCUUGCGCGCCGGUGGAUUUCCCGGUAGCUGUAGUUCUGCCCGCCGGAGGUUCCGGGGAAAGGGUGGGACUGCCCACACCGAAACAAUUCUGCACCAUUUUCAACAGACCUCUGAUAAGCUACACGAUUCAAGCGUUUGAGAGAUUACCAUGGAUUGGAACUGUUGUCGUUGUGGUUUCUAAGGAAAAUCAUGACUUGAUGCUGAAUAUUGUCCAGAAAUUUAAUCACACAAAGGUAAAUGUAAUCCACGGGGGAACCACCAGACACAGGUCUAUCUUCAACGGACUUCAGGCCUUCUGCAGCACUUCAAACUCACUGACACCCAAACCAAAAGUGGUCAUCAUCCAUGAUGCGGUACGGCCAUUUGUGGAAGAAGAUCUUCUUCUGAAAAUCACCCUGGCAGCUAAAGAGCAAGGGGCCUCAGGAGCGAUACGUCCUCUGGUGUCCACGAUCAUUGCAACCUCGUCAGAGGGCUACCUGGACCACUCGCUGGAGAGAGCAAAGUACCGAGCCAGUGAAAUGCCUCAAGGAUUUCUUUAUGACAUUAUUUUCCAGGCCUACCAACGGUGCAGUGAAUUCGACUUUGAGUUUGGCUCUGAGUGCCUACACUUGGCCCUGCAGUACUGUGGCGUGAAUGCAAAGCUCAUAGAAGGACCCCCAACUUUGUGGAAAGUAACAUACAAGCGAGAUCUAGCAGCUGCGGAGGCUAUUAUUAAAGAGACCCUGUCGAGGUCUGCAUGUAUCAUCGCAGGAGCUGAGGCAGAAGCCGCUGAGUUGGCUAAAACGCUUCAGAAAAAUCUGAACAUGUGUCUCCAUUACAGCGAAGUGAAACUCAAAGUUGGGACCAUUCCAGGCAUGCAGGUGGUACGAUUGGCUCUGGAUAAGAACCGGAAUGGGUUGCCGUCUACUUUCAUCAAAGGCUCAAGUUCACUAGGGGCACACUUUUUGCUUGGAAAUGGAGGAUUAGAGUCCAAGCCCGUGCGCCAUAAGAUGGAGACAGACGUCAUUCCAUGUGCAAAGGAGAGUAAUGCGGAGUACCUGUCCAAAACUCAAAACUUCAUUCACUUAUCUGUAUGUCAACGAUACAUGCAUACACAAACUACUGGAUCAAACUUCUUGGGGGUCCUGGAAAUGGUGAAACAUUUUGAGGACACUGACCACACUCGUUUAUACCCAGUAGUUAUUGUAUGGGUACAGCUGAACAUGACAAAGCAGUCUGUCGACAGCCAAAAGACAGACGAGUUAGCAGCCUUCAGGAGUCUGGCCUCUGAAGUCAUACAGGGAAAUGUUCUGCUCUAUGGAAUUCAGAUUGAACACACCAAGGUGCCAGAGCAGUGGGAGAGAUCUGUGGAGAGACUCACUCAAAUCACUGUCGCUCUCAUCAGAGACAGAAACGCUGCUCUCACUGGGCAGCUGCUUCAUGUCUGAAACUAAAGCAUGAGAAGAUGCAUUUAAGUAGACAUCCAGGAUGAGCCUGUGGACUCACAAAGAGAGAAGAAUGGAAUCUCAAAGGUCAAAGGACAUUUGCAAAUGAAGAUAUUUCAGCAUACACUAAACUACAGACAGUGAGAGUGAUGGCAAACAAUCCAAACAGUCAUUGUUUGGAUCAAAUCAACUCGAUUCCCAGGUAAUUGGCCUGGUUUGUUCACAAAUACACACAAGCACAAACACACAACUCUCUGAAUCCUUACAUAUAUUUGUUUGUAAAAAUACAUAUAUUUUAAUAAAACAGAUAAAAAAUAA